UAAAAACAGUCCUCCAUUCAUACUCUGUUGACACAAGUUGGGGACCCAAGCCAAUUGGACUUGUGUACAUUUUCUGCCGAUGUCCCUGAGAGCACACUUUAUCAAAAGAAACUGGACUUUAUCACAUGAAACUGCUAACAAACAAAACCUCUCAGCUGACAUCUCAGCUACAAGACAGGUGCAGACAGAGGAGAACUUCCUACUUGCUGGACGGAGUGGAUUUUCCACAAGGUUUUCAAAACUGAAUCUUUCUGAUUUCUGAAAAGAACACCAAAAUCCUGGCCAUGUCUUCCAUCAAGACUGAAUGUGUUGUCACUGAGAGGUACCAACUUGGAGAGUCACCGGUCUGGGACGACAGAGAAGGCAUUUUAGUGUAUGUUGAUAUUAUAGGAGAGAAGAUCUGUCGCUGGAACCCCUGUACUAAAAAAAUACAGAGUGUAUCUCUAGAAGAACCAGUCGGCUGUGUUGCCCUACGAAAGUCCGGUGGUUAUGUUUUCACCCCAGGCACUACAUUUGCAGCACUGAAUUGGGAAGACCAGUCAGUAACUCGCUUUGCUCAAGUUGAUGAAGAUAAGCCUAACAAUCGUUUAAAUGAUGGAAAAGUGGAUCCAGAAGGGAGAUUCGUUGCAGGCACCAUGUCCCGGGACCGCCCUCCACCAUUUAAGAGGAACCAGGGCUCAUUAUUCACUUUGUAUGCGGAUCACUCGGUGGUGAAGCACUUUGACAUGGUGGAUAUCUCAAAUGGUUUAGACUGGUCUUUAGAUCACAAAACCAUGUACUACAAUGACAGCCUUUCAUAUACAGUUGAUGCAUUAGAUUAUGAUGUGAAAACAGGAAAAACAUCCAACCGCCGCCAUGUCUACAAGUUUCAGCAGGAUGAGGGGAUGCCUGACGGCAUGUGCAUAGACGCAGAGGGGAAACUUUGGGUCGCUUGCUUUAAUGGAGGAAGGGUGAUCCGUAUUGAUCCUCAGGCUGGGAAGGUGAUCCAGACCGUGAAGCUACCCGUGGAUAAGAUAACUUGUUGUGCCUUUGGCGGAAAGGAUUACUGUGAAAUGUAUGUCACCUCUGCCUACUAUGGUAUGGACGAAGAAUGGCGUGCCAGGCAGCCCCAGUCUGGGGGAAUCUACAAGAUUACUGGACUUGGUGUAAAAGGAAUACCACCAAAUGCAUUUGCCGGUUAAAUAAAGGAGUAACACACUUCUCCAGCAAGAAUAA